UUUGGGCGUGGCCCCGACGCACGAAGCUCGAAGCCAAAAAUGUCUCUUUCUCGUCUCUUUUCUCCUCUUUCCUUCAGCAGGAGAGGGCUCUGUCUGGUAGGCAAGGCCAGCCAGAGGAGUGCUAGUACUAAUGAUGCUGAUAAUAAUCGCAGAGUGUUGAUUACUGGAGGAAUGGGUCAGCUUGGAACUGGAAUGGCUAAAAUAAUGAGGAAUAAAUAUGGCAAUGAUAAUGUCAUAUUGUCUGAUAUUAAGAAACCAACGCAAGAAAUAUUAUCUCAAGGUCCAUAUUUGUAUGCUGACGUCUUGGAUAUAAAGCAUCUCAAUUCAAUUGUUGUCAACUAUGGUAUUGAUUGGGUCGUGCACUUUUCUGCUCUUUUAUCAGCUGUCGGGGAAUUGAACCCAAGAAAAGCAUUGGAGGUUAAUGUUGAUGGGUUUCACAACAUUGUGGAGAGUAGUAGUUUCCAUAAGCUAAGGCUCUUUUCUCCUAGCACCAUAGGGGCCUUUGGUCCCGACUCGCCUAAAGUCUUGUGUCCUGAUCUAACAAUAAUGAGACCAAGAACUGUUUAUGGUGUGUCUAAAGUCCACAUGGAGCUACUGGGAGAGUAUUACAGUCAGCACGGGUUAGAUUUCAGGUCCCUAAGGUUUCCGGGAGUUAUUGGGGCAGACACUGAGCCUGGUGGAGGGACUACAGAUUACGCUGUUCACAUCUUUCACAGUGUUGCUAAGACCGGUCACUAUUCCUGCUUCCUCAAGAAGGACACACGCCUACCAAUGAUCUACAUUGAUGACUGUCUGAGAGCAGCUGUUGAGUUCAUGGAGUUUCCCUCUGAGGCUCUCACUCAGAGAACUUAUAACGUGACGGCAAUGAGUUUCAGUCCAGAGGAACUCGUGGAAGAAAUGAAAAGAUAUUAUCCAAAGAUGAGGGUUGAUUAUGAACCUGACGAGAGGAAGCAAUCAAUUGCCGAAUCCUGGCCACAAGUUUUAGAUGACAUAAGAGCAAGGUCAGAUUGGGGCUGGAAACCAGAUUAUGACAUCAGUAGAAUGGUGAAAGUGAUGAUUGAAAAAAUUGACCCAAAUAGCACUUUAUAAAAUAUUUUUGUUAGCAUAUUUAAUUUACAUUUAUUAU